UUGCGUAGCAGUGCUGCGUGAUCCACAGUGACGCCGCCUGGCUGUCGGCAAUUGAGGGAGGCUUAAAGAGACAACAGUGAAAUCAUAGCAAAUGAAAGAGGAGAUAAAUUCAAUGAUCGAUGAAGGAGCAUGACUUCGACGGCGCCUUGGUAGCCAACAGUUGGAGAUAGUUGGAUGAUUAAAAACCUUUCCUGUUGACUGUCCUUGCUGAGGGCCAGACCUGGACUUCCCUCUCUGCUGUGGGCCUUGAAUCAUGGCGAGUGCCACCUGGGUCACUGAAGGCUGACCAGAAGGAAUGCGGCACUCCUGGAGAUGUUCUCAAGAGGCCUUUUGGAUGCACUAGCUGGAUUUCAGGGUGCUGUUUCAUCUGUAGUGUCGUAUGUGUCCACCUGCGGCACCCCCUAGCGCAACCUGCCUUCAUGUCAGGCAGGAGCAUGCUAGUCUGAGACGACUGUGGGAGUGAAGACAACUGAGUACUGCUGCUUAACCCUGACCAAGAAAGUUAAAGAAAAUAUUGAACAUUCUUGAGGCCCUUAUGAUACAUACGCAUCUCAAUUAAGUAUCUGGAGCACCCUACCUCACAUUUGUCGACCCGUUCUCUGCCAUUGCUAUUGGAAUUUCUAUGGUUUGCAUGGCUGGAGAAUAACCGUGGAGAGGCCAGGGUAUCAUAAGCUUAUGGAUUUUGAUAAAAGAGGGGGCAAGGGAGAGACAGACGAAGGAAAAAAAAUGUCUAAGACAGCAGGCAGCAGGACUGGGGGUCGGAGUUCAGGGACCAACUCUGGAGUUCUUAUGGUUGGCCCAAAUUUCAGAGUUGGUAAAAAAAUUGGCUGUGGGAACUUUGGAGAACUGCGGCUGGGAAAAAACCUCUAUACUAACGAAUAUGUGGCCAUCAAAUUGGAACCUAUAAAAUCCAGGGCACCACAACUUCAUUUGGAGUAUAGAUUUUACAAACAGUUGGGGAAUUCAGAGGGAAUACCGCAGGUGUACUACUUUGGGCCCUGUGGGAAGUAUAAUGCCAUGGUUCUGGAGCUGCUCGGGCCCAGUCUAGAAGACCUAUUUGACCUCUGCGACCGGACCUUCUCCCUAAAAACCGUCCUCAUGAUAGCCAUACAGCUGAUUACUCGGAUGGAGUACGUCCACAAUAAGAGUCUAAUUUACCGGGAUGUGAAGCCAGAGAACUUUCUCGUGGGGCGACCAGGAAGCAAGAGGCAGCACACUAUCCACAUCAUUGACUUUGGUCUGGCCAAAGAGUACAUAGACCCUGAGACCAAAAAACACAUCCCAUACCGGGAGCACAAGAGUCUGACUGGAACGGCGCGCUACAUGAGCAUCAACACACAUCUGGGGAAAGAGCAAAGCAGAAGGGAUGAUUUGGAGGCGUUGGGUCACAUGUUCAUGUAUUUCCUCCGAGGAAGCCUCCCUUGGCAGGGCCUAAAGGCCGACACUUUGAAGGAGAGGUAUCAGAAAAUUGGGGACACCAAACGUGCAACGCCCAUAGAAGUUCUUUGCGAAAGCUUUCCCGAAGAGAUGGCCACCUACCUGCGCUAUGUGAGGAGGCUGGAUUUCUUCGAGAAGCCCGAUUACGAUUACUUGAGGAAGCUCUUCACAGACCUCUUCGAUAGGAACAGCUUUGUCUUUGACUACGAAUAUGACUGGGUCGGCAAAUCACUUCCCACUCCGAUAGGUCCCAUCCCCAGUGACACGCCACUGCAGCCCAGCAGCAGAGACAAAGCACAACAGCAGACCAAAAACCAGUCGCCUGAGCCCAAAGGAAGUGAGUCUCAGCCCACUCCCGUGACCAAUAAGGAGACUCUGGGGUCGCACCUCACAGCUGAGCGGCUGGGGGGCUCUGUCCAGGUGAUGAGCUCGACGAAUGGCGAGCUGAACACGGACGAUCCCACUGCAGGACACUCCAACGCUCCCAUCACUGCUCCCACCGAGGUCGAAGUCGCUGACGAAACCAAGUGCUGUUGUUUCUUCAAGAGGAGAAAGAGGAAAGCGCUUCAGCGGCACAAGUGAACCAAGAGAAGGAAGAGAACUUGAAACAUUGUGGUCACUGUCAAGAUUUAAAUGGAACUACACAAGACUCCCCUCUCUUUGUCCUGCUUUGUCCUCACCUCCUCCUCCUCACUUGACUUCCUGUCACUGUGCCGCCCUUGCUCUCACUCACUCUCCCUCUCUUUCUGUCUCUCCCCCACCCUCCCUCCUCUCAGUUCUCCCUGGCUACUGGCGAGUAAAAGGAACGUUGCAGUUCUACUGACUACACAACAGACUUUGAUUCCUUUUUAUCUAUGAAAAUUACCUACAUGGCGUCGGGUAGGGGCUCGAGAAAACGUUUAAAAAAGCUGUAACAAUGAAAUCAAAUACUGUGGCGUGAAUAUGAAAAAAGAUACUGUUUGAAACAGUUGUUGUAUUCUAGAUUCCAUAACGAAGGUGUGUUGUUGCGACUGUUGAUCAGGUGAUGCAUUGGUGGUCCGAGUGAAAGACGUCUGCUCCGUAGGAAUCUCUGCUCUUCUUUUCUUCCUUUGGUGUGUGUUUUUUGGGAUCAAAUUAAAGCGGUGAACAGUGCAAAUGUUAAUUAUGAGAGACACGGGAAGCAUUUCAUCUGCAACAAAAAUUGGAGGAUGUUUGUUUUGUUUUGGUUUUCUCUUUUUUGUAAUUGAAUCCUGAGUUUUCAAAUCCCUGCGUUGAGAACUUAUUUUUAUGUUGUAGUGUUCUGGAGUUCAGUUUCUUUCCUCACUCUGGCUUUUUUGUCUGUCAAAAUGGACUUUGUAGCACAGUCACUGGCCUCAGGUACUGUGGAAGAUUGAAGAGGAAAAGAUAAAGCUCUCUUAUUAUUAUUAUUAUUGCACUUUUUAAAAAAAGGUUAAACAGUGACAGUGGAAAGUCUAGGUUUGAAAUUAACAAUUAAGAAAACAAUAUAAUAAAGACUGAUCUAGGAAGAGUUUGCGACGCUUGUAUCUGAAAGAUGGCAGAACACUUUGAUUUACAUGGGGUGAAGAUCUGUCUUUUUUCUUUCUUACAUCAAAAUUAUUUACCAGGAAAUCAUAGUUUGUGCCUUUCUAAGUAAAAUGUUUAAAGCUCAA